ACCCGUGCAGAAUCCAUGAGGCCGGAUCAGCCGGCAUCAUCCUCCCCUCCGUGGAGCUUCCCUUCCCUGUGUCCCUCUCGGCCUCCCUCCCCGAAGGGUCUGGGACUCAGGAAGGACCCAGGCCUUCAGCAAGGCCAGUCCAGUAUCGGCACAAAUGAGACUUCUACAAAACCUGUGACACAGUCUCCUGCAUCCUCAAACCAGUCCAGCCCAUCUUCAGUUUCCACGACUGCAAUAGCGACUUCCACAGCACAGAGCUCAAGUUUACAGAAGACAGACCAAGUCCUGGGAAGCAGCUCUGCAAAUUUCACAGGCUCACUUCAGCCAAGCAGCUCUGGGACUCUAUCCCCUGACCCGAGUAACACAGGUGCUAAAACUACCAUGGACUCACAGGCCGGGAGCCCUGGCCAUCCCGCUGCCACCACCACCUCUGCUGCGCCUGAGAACACAAGCAACGAGAGUGUCAACCCUGCCACCACGCAUGCUGUGCCCACUUCACAAAGCCAACUAGAGACCUUUCCGUCUCAGGAUUUACCCCUGAAGACCACAGCACCCACUCUUACCCCUUCACUGCCCAGUUUAGGAAGCUCUAACCCACUGGCUAGUGCUACUACGAUGCCCUCCGGGAGCUCUCCUCAGGGACAGAUGAGCUCUACCACACCUUCCAGUAGUUCAGGCCUCCUGCCUUACUCUGGUCUCACCCCCACGGCCCAGAGGACACUCACCACUAAGGCCCCAGUGGACCUGUCAUCUGGGACUCAGCAGGCCUCCGGCACGUGGACAGCCAGCCAGGUGCCAGUCAGCCCCAUGUCGGGCAGCCAGAUGUCUCCCAGCCCUUCAUCCUCUUCCUCUGUGACACCACAGCCCACGGAUUCUCCAGCGGGAACUGUGACUGUGCCUGGCGUCAGGGGACCCACAAGCCUCAGCACUGUUUCGGCUUCCCAAAGUCCCAGCAUACCCACUAAACUCUGGAAUUUUGGGAAUAAGACGGUACUCUGCGAGUCUCUCAAGGAGCCGAUCGAUAAGCUGCUUGUCUUGAACUUGACAAGCAAGGGAACCAACCCAGGAACCAACCACUGCAAUAAGAAUCUCCUGAACGAGAAUCUGCUGACAGUGCUGUGCCGAGCAGUCAAAGCCAACUUCAACCCUGGUCAAGAUAAUUGCAACGUACAGCUAGCACCUGUUCCCAAUGGCCAUGCUGUGGCCAUCAAAAACAUCAGCUUUCAGACAAACCUUCUUCCCACGGAUGUGUAUAAAUCACUGAAGGACCAAUGGGAUGAACUAGAAGAGUUGGGAGUCAGUGACAUGAAGCUGGGGGAUGAUGGUCCACCAGAAAUGACCGAGGACCGCUACAGCAUGCCUCUCAUCAUCACCAUCGUCUGCAUGGCAUCUUUCUUGCUCCUCGUUGCAGCCCUCUAUGGCUGCUGCCACCAGCGCUUCGCCCAGAGGAAGGAUCAGAACUCCCAUCUUGACAGUUCCACCCAGAUCCCUGGUUCUCAACCCUGGCUGCGCACUAGCAGGAGCCGUAAGAACAUUCCCAUGCCUAGCUUCCUCACACGCCAACGGGAACCCGAUCUCUGGAUCAGUCAACGACUUACUGAGGAGCUGCAGACAGUGGAAAAUGGUUACCAUGACAACCCAACCCUGGAAGUGAUGGAGACCUCUUCUGAAAUGCAGGAGAAGAAGGUUGUCAACCUUAAUGGGGAGCUUGGGGACAGCUGGAUCGUCCCUCUGGAUAACCUGACCAAGGAUGAUCUAGAUGAGGAGGAAGACACACACCUCUAAUCUGGUCUGUUGGCCACACCUGUCAGCGCCACAGAGCUGCAGACUGACCACCCAAAGUGCCAUUUGGGCUGGGGAGGAAAAUGCCUCCCCAUUCAAGGAGGGAAAGACUGGGGAGGGAGUGGACUAUGAGGGUUACUUCCUCUCAAUUCCCCCCGGGCCUUAAUUUUUUCCCUUUUCAAAAUGAACAAAUCACAUUCUGUCUAGAUUCUUCUCAUAAAAUAACCCACUAGUGCCUGAGCUCAGAGCUGCUGGGAGAUGAGCAGAAGGGACAGGGAGAAAGAGCUAUGGAUCCUCUAGUAGAAUCCUUCACUGUAGGUGACAUGACUGAGGCCUAAGGAGGGCAGCUGGCUGCUGCACAAGGUCACACAGCUACUAGAUGACAGAGAUUCUUCCCUUCAGUCCAGUGCUCAUUUGGACCAAGUCACACUGCUGUGCCCACUUGUACCCUCUCCUCAGAGCUUCUACAACAUACGAUAAGGGGGGACUUGGAAAGGAAAGCAGGCCUGUACCAUUUCAGGGGAUCUGACUGCACAAAAGGACAAAUCCCAAGUUUCUGUCUCCUACCCCAGUCCUGUCUGCCAGCUUUCUCUUUCCCUUUCCAAACCCUUUCACUCCCACAGUCCCACAGGUCAUUCAUGAUCUUGGAUCCCUUGUUCUGGAUUUUGAUCUCCUUGCUUAAUGAGGUCAGGACCUCCUCUUUCCCCACAGUGAAUGAGAUCUGAAGAAGGGAUUGGUAGGUGGGUAGGGAGAAAAGGGGAGUGUCUCACCCCAGGAUGGCCUCCCCAAGGCAGCUGAUUCAGGCUCAGUACUCACACUGGCCCUUCCCCCAAGACUCUCCUUGAAGAUGCCCCCCAAGAUCUCCUUUGGUCUUCUACACUCACCAGGGACUGAAAUCUGCAGUAGUAACUGAAAGCAAGAUGUUUCUCUUGUUCACUGCUAGCUGAUGGGAUGGAUCCCUGAGGCCCAGGUGUUAAGAGUCGUCGUCACAGGGCAGCCCUGUCUCAGGGCCCCUGAUGGGCAGAGAUGUGUUUCAGUAGACAAUCAGUUGAAACCACUGGAAGACAGGUGUUACUGUUUCAUAGAAACUCAGGGACUUUUCAAGUUGCUGAGAGUUUUGUUGUAUUUGUCUGGGUUUUUUUUUUCAAUUGUUUGUUUUUAAUCUAGCCCUCCAUUGCCAAAGGUCAAAACUCAUACUGGAGACUUUCAGUCAGUCUGAUACCAAUUCUCCUGUGCCACUGUAAAUGGCCCAGAACAUGCAGUGAAUUUUAAAGUCCCUAAUUUACCACUGUCCCAUGUGGACCUAGACCUGAAUGUUUCCUCUUAUAUGUUCCUGGUGGGGCCUUAACACCUCUGCUGUUUCUGGUGGCAUCUCAGGGAAACACAAAGCCAUGUCUAUUCCCCAACGUGGUUUUUAUAGGCUCAGAAGUUAGGUGCCUGUAGACAUAAUGAAGGGGAUCUCUUACAGCAAUUCUGAACUUUUGGCCAUGGUCUGUAUUGUUCCUGGGACAUAAAUUCCCUGCAAUCAACUAUCUGCUUUGGCAAAACUUAAAUAACAAAAGGUAGGGGGAGCUAGGGAGAAACCCUUUGUCUUUCCCUUGCUGCCAGAGUCCUUCUUUACAGUCUAGCUUUCUGAUACCACAGGAAAAAGUACAGCCAGAGAAUCAAGGAGGGCCCCCAGCAAUUUCUCAAGAGUUAGAUGCUCAAUGCUCAAUUGACAAACAUCUGCCCUGUUCCUCUAGCAUUUGGGGGUGGGGCAGGAAGGAAAACAGUGUCAGGUUAAGGGUAUCACAGGAAAUAUUUUUAUUCUGGAAAGUGGUCUGCUUGCUUCCUUACUGCCCACCACUGGGUUCUGUCUACCCAGCUAGUUUGUCAUGGCAUCUCUGUGAAAGGCUAGAUUACUGCUCCUUUGGAUAUUCUGGGUCAUGCUGACCAGGUAGGGCAUUGGACAGAGAUAGCAAAUAAUUGCUUCUGCAAAAUGAUCAGACAUUGCCACCUCAGGGGCUUUCUAGAGAUUAGAAUACUGCAGGCACUAAGAAGCAGAAAUGAUGGUCAAGAAGAAUCACCACGGCUCUGUCCAGGAAGAAGCUGGGGAGGCUUAGAGCUGACCCAGAGGUUCCUACUUUCUUUGGAUCCAAGUUGUGCUGCCUUUUAGUACAACUUCAGAAUAUAUGAUACCAGACCUUGGCUUGCUCUUGCUGGUAGCAUCUGUAAGUUACUUUCUUCCCAUGUCUUUAUUGGGUUCUCUGUGCUAUCUGGUACUUGCUUGUGGGGCCAGGAAGUUAAGAGAAACACCAGGGGCUCAGCUCGGCAAGACUUUAAACCAGUUGUACCAAAGAGAAGUUAGGAGCUCUUUAUUUUGGUACAAACUGUAGUUUCCCCAAGCUGUAGAAACCACGAAUCAAAAGCUACAAAAACCAUGGGUCUGAUGAUUUUGAUUGGAUGGAACCCAGUGGGCACUGAGCUGUCAUAUGAAGUGGGGAGAGAAGCCACUGUGCCUAUGAAGUAUGGAAGAACAUGCAUCUUAAGACAAUGAGAGUUAAUCUAGAUACACCAGAUUUACCCUUCCUUGAUAAGGAAAACAAGCGGGUUUAUUUAAACUACUACUUUGAGAUUUAUCUUCCUUUUUUUUUGACAAUAUACUGGAGGAACUUUGAAGAACAAAUUCAAAGUGAUGUAUGUUUUGACAAUGUAAAUACAACAGCCACAUGUUA